CUGGGAAGUCCCGUCCUGUGCCUGGGAAGCAGAAAGGGAUCAAAGGUGCAGCUAGCCUGACUCUAAGCCAGCCGUCCCACCCCGGGAGCGAGUUUCGGCACCAUGACAGUGGGGGCCAAGCUGGGUGGGAGGGUGAAAGCCAAGUUCUCUCCCUCGGGGCCUGGUGAGGACAAGAUCUCCAUCCUGGAGAGGCAACAGCAGGAGGAGGAGAGCCUGGGAGCCGCGGGGAGCCGGGCAGAGGAGACCUGCCGCUCCAAGAAAGUGCGCUUCGCCUUCCUCCCGGACAACUACGAGCCGCUGCGGCAGGAGGGCUCGGCAGGCAGGAGCAAGUGCAAGAGGAAGCUGAGGAAGUACAGCAAGAAUGUUGGCAAAGCUCUCCAGAAAGGAUGUCGCUACUUGGUGAUCGGCCUGCAAGGAUUAGCAACUGCAUAUGCAGCACCCUUUGGAGUAGCAGCAUCAGUAGCCUCCUUGGUCCGCUAGAGUGGCUCUGCCUGUCUCAUAAAGGAAUUAAAAAUGAGCUUUCAUAGAGGAGUACGGUGAUUUGUACUUUCCUAGCAUUAGAUCUGCUGCUGUGACCUGCAUCUGAAAAUUCUUUUCAACAACAACAACAAAUGAAGAUGCUGACGUGACAGAGUAUUCUAUUCUGGAACAAUCACAUUUCUCCAGUGCCUUUCAUGCAAACAUCUUAAGUGCUUUUCAGCUAUUAAAAUCAGAUCCAGUGAAACAAUGUGCAAGCCCAAGGAAAUAAUAGUAGAUUAAUUGAGCCAAAGUUUGUAAUUCUAAAUGAAUUAAUUUACUCAAGCCUGAUGCUAUGUGUGAAAAGGAGCAAAGGGGAAGGGAAAGCAAGUGGAAGAGGGAGAGAGGUAUGAGUGGAAAAACAGGAAGGGGAAUAAGGCGCGAGAAGUAGUGGAGAUUUGAUGCUGGUUAUGAGGAGGAAAAGUCAAAAUAAUGUAAGGAAAUGGAGAUAGUAAAGGUAUCAGGAAAAGGUAGCCUCACCGCCUUUGAUUUGCUUGUGUAUUUUAAUGCUUUGUUAGUGACAGCUACAAUCAAUAUGUUCAGAUACUAUAUGUCUCAGGUCUGAGACAUGGUAGGCUUUACUACCUCAGUAUUGCCAAUUCUAGACAUUGAGAAAUCAUGCCUUGGGCCCUGCAAAAUCACAAGAUUUGCUUAAAAAUCACAAGAUUUUAAGAAAAAUAUAUAUAUAUUGUUUGCUUUCUGAUUUUUGAGCCUUUAGGGUUCCCUCUAAUUAUGUUGCCAAGCUUUUCUCUACAAUUGUGAGGGCUAGAAAAUUACUUUAAAAAAAAAUUGAAAGCUGAGAAUCUUGUGUAAUCAUUUGACACUGGGAGCUGGGGCUUUAAGAAAAAUACCAAAUAUCGCAAGACUCUGGAAAAAACACUCCCAGGCACAUCUGAGGCCCAUAGAAUUCUACUAGCUCUGUAUUCAUUUCAUUUUGUGAAAGUUGUGGCGAUGCCAUAUCAAAAUGAAACUUUCAGAUGGCUGGGCUAAGAAAUUUGAAUGGAGAUCUCCUAACAUCACACUUUGAGGGAAACAUAUCUGAACUGUUACUGACAUGAGAUCAAGCAUUUUCCUUACCAAUAUUUGGAGUUCUAAGUUGUGCUUUUCUGCUAUUCUUUUAACUAAAUCUUGUUGGCGUGUUCUCUUUGUAGGGUGACCAGAUAGCAACUGUAAAAAAUCGCGACAGGGGGUGGGGGGUAAUAGGAGCCUAUAUAAGAAAAAGCCCCCAAAAUCGGGACUGUCCCUAUAGAAUCGGGACAUCUGGUCACCCUAUCUCUUUGCCUUACUAUGAAUGUACUGGAAUUGCCUCGCUUAAGAAGCCAGAUUGUGUUUCUCUGAAUGGUGAUGAGAAAACUGAAGACCUGUAAAUAAAAAUAAAAAUGCUCCCUUUG